AAAAUUCAAUGUGUUUUAAAAAUAAGAAUCUAAAUAUUCGGACUUAAAAAUUAAGAUAUCUAGAUCCGAAUUUGGUUUGGAUGGAUCUAAGAUUUUACUAUCCGGAUUCAGAUCCGGACACCCCAGAUAAUAAGUCUCAGCCCUAUCGAUAAUCACAAAAAAUGUUUAUUAUGAAUAAUUGAAAACAUUAUCCGAUACUAAAAAUAUCAAGAAAAAACAAUAAGAAGGGAAUAUACACAGCUGUGAAAAGAAGCAUGCUGACAUGGCAAAAACCAAUCAACUGGUCAAUGAUUGGUCACUGAUUCCACCAGUUCAUGCUGACCUUCUUUUCACGUCAUGCUUUGUUGUUAUAUGUUUUUUUUUGGUGCAACUGUUGUUAUAUGUUUACACUUGCAUAUUAUAUCACAAUAACAAUUUGAAUCGUAACGAUAACAAUCACAGAUGAAUAUGCAAGAAGAGUUACUAUUAGUUCGACACAAUUGGUAUCUUCUCUAUAUUGGGUAUAUAAACAAUUGGAAUCUUCACUCGGACCGUGAUGGUGCCUUUGUGACCCUACGGUGUCCACAAAGGUGCUUCAAGAUCCUUGUCCGAGACCUACUAUUGGGGAUAAGUCCCUCCAGACACUUGCUUAAGUUUCAUCCCCUGCCACUCAAAUAUCAUUUAGAAAGAAUUAAAGAAACCAAACACUGCGGACUACCAAAAAAUGCAGACACAGACGAGGAAAGAAAGCUACAAAGAGUAUACAGUUAACGAAAUGAAUACAGUUAUUAAAUCAAUAGCGAAUGAAUACAGUUAUUGAAUCAAAAUCGAGUUAAUCUAUUUGAAGCUCUUAAGCUUUGUUCAUUUUGUUUUUCUAAGUAUUUUUGUGGAUUCUAUUUCUUAGGGAACGUCUAGGUCUCUGUCUUUGUUUGGAUUCACUUAGUUUAGACUUGUGGUGUAAACAAAAAAUACUUUUGCAAUCUUUUGUAUCAACAAUCGACUCAUUCAAGUUUGUUAAAUUUUGAUAUUCUUGUUAUCUAGAGCCCUUGACAGUUUGGUGCUUCCCGGUACCACAGCGUUGCGAUGCAAGUUAUUGGUGGACAAACUUGCUUCACGGUCAAAAAACGAGAACUAAAGAUAAAACAAUGCUUCUUCUUCUUUUUUUCUAAUAAGAAUGCUUUGUUGUUGUUAUAGGUUUUCUUGCAACAGUAUAUCUGAUUUGAAUCGUAACGAUAACAAUCACAAAUGAUAAACCUGACCGGAAAUAACCGAACCUGGACUAAAAAUAUCCGAAUCUGAUCCGAAGUAUAGAAAUACCCGAACGAGUUUUAUACUCUUAUACUGUAAUACCUAAAAAUCCGAAAAAUCCGAUCCGAACCAAACGGAUAUAUAUGAACGCAUCACAUCGCAUCAAACUCGUAUGAAUGAAUCAUUAGGUAUUUUAUUUGAUGAGAAGGCCCAAUAGACAUGACAAGAUAAUGGUGACAAUGCCCAAUUUUAAGUAAAAUUCGACCCAGCUUAGCCCAACUGAUAUAUAUACCGCAAGUCAGCUUAGCCCAACUGAUAUAUAUAACGGUAUCGGUUGUCUCGUACUGCACACGAUUUUUUUUGAGAGAUUUCAAAGGGCUUGUGUAGGUAUGGCUAACAAAGAAUCAAGUGAGCUGGGGAAUUUACCAACAUCCCCAAUGGCUAAUCGGGCCGGAACGUGUGUAGAAGAACGGCUACCCCUCUUUAUCGCCUUGAGAUAUCGUGAGCUGGCCUAUGGUUUUGAUGUGAAUUACAAUAAACAACUUCCGCCUAGAUUAGUUCCAGUUCCGUCUACUUGGAGUAAAAACUAUGUUAUCGGUCUUUAUGGUAGGAUUGGACUCCAAUGCUACAAUCUUCAGAAGGGAACAAACUUAAAGUUUAAACGCUUGGAGAAACAUAGUACCGUGCGGACUGGGUACCUCAGCUACUACAUAACUUUGGAGGCAACCGAUCCGGCCACUGGCUCUGUCUGCUCUUUUCAGACUCAGUUUAGCGAUGCAGGACGCCGCCGCAUGUCGUUGGGGGCUAGGAUUACCUGGUUUACCAUAGCCUCCAGAAUCAAACAAAUACCUAACGAGCCUGUAGAUGAUGAAUGGGAGGAGGAGGACACACCUGGAAUACAUGAGUUCUACAAAGUUCCAAUACCCAAAUGGUUUUCUGAUGAAGCCUUGGAACGUGACAGUAAAAAGUAUUACGUGGUGACAGAAUCAGAGCUGCAUGACAAUGACUGGCUUCAACUUCUCAUGGAAGUCGCCUUCUUCUCCAAAGCAGAUCGUCGUUUGGAUGCUUACCUACCCUUGGAGCUCAACAGUGUUGUUGUGGAAACUUUGGAAGAUUACACAACAGAGCCGAGUGAGAAGCUCAAAGCUGAUAACGCAAUCUUCUACAUUAGUUACAAGUGUUGCUCUGAUCCUUCAACGCCUUUGGCCGGUGAUCACCGUGCCGUAGUAAGGAAAACCAUGGAUGGCAAACCAGGCCACAUGUGUCUUGAGGUUGCUCUUACCAAAGCACAAUAAUGAAGAAGCGUUAUUCAUGUUUGCCUAGAUCAAAAAAUCCAGAAGCUUUUGUUUUUAAAAUCUAUGGUAGGAGUCAAAUCUUAGUUAGCUGUCUCAUACCAUAUGUGUUUUGGGUCAGCUUGAUAGUAUAAACCCUUUUUUUCUUGCCUUUCAACUUAUAUUUGGGUAGGUUAGUCAAAAAACGAGAACUAAAAAAUAAAACAAUGCUUCUUCUUUUUAUUUCUAAUAACAAUGCUUUGUUA